CAUCCGGGCAACUGAGCUACAUACGGGUUCUUCGAGCCAUAUCAACGAGACUGGCGUUGAAAACAAACCGUUGCCAUUACUCUUUAACCUGUCGACCGACGCUGGUUAAACCCGUCAUUCUGCCUCCAAAAUGCCGAAAAACUGUGUUGUUUUUGGUUGUGCUAACCACAACUGGAAACAGGGAAAACAAAGGUUGUAUUUUGUUCUGCCAAAGCGCGAUAAAAGCCCACAGAGACGAGACAAAUGGCUCGCAGCUUUACACCGGGAAAACGAGGACGGUUCUCACUGGAGUCCCCCAAAGUCCCGGGUCGUGUGUUCGGAUCACUUCGUUUCUGCUGGCCUUGCUUCACGUUAUGCAACAACAGGACAUAUUGUAAACAUGCGGACAGGAAAUUGCAGUGCAGCACAAUGAUGAAUGGCUCCAAUAAAGAUGCGUUCAAGAGCGUCAGCAGAAAGGCGGGCCUGCAGAUAUGGACCAUCCAUAACCUGCAGAUGGUUCCUCUUCCGGCCCAAAGCUUCGGCAACUUCUUUGAGGGCGACUGUUACAUCGUCCUGCACAUGAGCGACGCCAAAAGCUCGGCAGCGGACCUGCACUACUGGAUCGGGAAGGCGUCCUCGCAGGACGAGCAGGGCGGCGCCGCCGUCUACGUCAGCCAGCUGGACGAGCACCUGGGCGGGGCGCCGGUCCAGCACCGGGAGGUGCAGGGUCACGAGACGCCUCGCUUCAGGAGCUACUUCAAAAACGGCCUCAUCUACAAGAAAGGGGGCGUGGCUUCAGGCUUCAAGCACGUGGACACCAACGCUUACAAUGUGCAGCGUUUGCUGCACGUCAAGGGGCGGAAGCACGUGACGGCCACCGAGGUGGACAUGUCAUGGAGCAGCUUUAACACAGGUGACAUCUUCCUGCUGGACCUGGGCAAAGUCAUCGUGCAGUGGAAUGGAGACAAGAGCAACAGGAGAGAAAAGCUCAAGGCCACCUUGUUGGCGCAGGACAUCCGUGACCGAGAGCGAGGCGGGCGGGCGCAGAUCGGCGUGGUGGAGGGCGGAGACGAGCGCGACUCGCCUGAGCUGAUGAAGAUGAUGACGGCGGUGCUUGGCCCACGGAGCGGCUCGCUGAAGGCCGCCGUUCCUGACGACGACGACGCCCAGCGGGUGCAGAACGCCAGCGUCAGACUCUACCACGUGUUUGACGCCAGCAGCAACCUGGUGAUCCAUGAAGUGGCCUCCCAGCCGCUAACACAAGACCUGCUGCAGUCUUCCGACUGCUACAUCUUGGACCACCGCGGCUCCAGCGUGAUGGUGUGGAAAGGAAAAGGUGCUUCCAAGGAGGAGCGACACGGAGCUCUCACUCGGGCCGUGGGCUACAUCAAGGCCAAGAACUACCCAGCAUGCACUAGCGUGGAGGUGAUGUCCGAGGGAGGAGAGACGGCCAUGUUUAAGCACCUCUUCAAGUCCUGGAGGGACAAGUACCACACGCAGGGUCUGGGCACCGCGCACACCGUGGGGAAGAUCGCCAAGGUGGAGCAGGUGAAGUUUGACGUCCAGGAGCUCCACGCCCGUCCUGAGCUGGCGGCGCAGCAGCGCAUGGUGGACGACGCCUCAGGGGACGUCAAGGUGUGGCGGGUGGAGAACUUGGAGCUGGCUGAGGUCACUUCCACCACCUUUGGACAGUUCUAUGGUGGAGACUGCUACUUAGUCCUGUACACCUAUCGCGUCUCGGCCAGGGAGCGACACAUCCUCUACAUGUGGCAGGGUCGUCACGCCACCCAGGACGAGGUGACGGCGUGCGCCUACCAGGCGGUGACCGUGGACCAGCAGUACCACGGGGCUCCUGUGCAGGUCCGGGUGGUCAUGGGCAAGGAGCCUCGCCACUUCCUGGCUAUCUUCAGAGGGAAACUGAUCAUCUUUCAGGGCGGUACCGGCAGGCCGGGCGUGGCCAGCCCAGUGGGCGGAGUCAGGCUCUUCCACGUCCGAGGCACCAGCGAGCUGAACACCAAAGCCACUGAGGUGGCGGCCAGAGCGUCGUCCCUCAACACCAACGACGUCUUCGUGCUGGAGACGGCGCAGGCGUGCUUCCUGUGGUACGGCAAGGGCUGCAACGGCGACGAGCGUCUGAUGGGAAAAGACGUGGCCGACAGUCUGUCCAGGCGGGACAAGCAGCUGGUGAUGGAGGGACAAGAACCCGCUGAGUUCUGGAUGGCUUUAGGAGGAAAGGCUCCGUACGCCAGUGACAAGAACCUCCAGAGGGAGGAGCCUCUUCACAGUCCCCGCCUCUUCGAAUGCUCCAAUCAGACGGGACGCUUUCGGAUGACCGAGGUGGACGACUUCGCCCAGAGCGACCUGGACGAGGAGGACGUCAUGCUGCUGGACACCUGGGAGGAGAUUUUCCUGUGGGUGGGAAUUGCCGCCAACCAGUACGAGACCCAGGAGGCGUGGACCAGCGCCCGGGAGUACUUGAGGACACACCCGGCCGACCGCGACUUGGACACGCCCGUGGUCUUGGUCAAGCAGGGCUUCGAACCGCCCACCUUCACCGGCUGGUUCCACGCCUGGGACUCUCACAAGUGGAGCGUAAGUUCUCAAGAAGGUCCACUCCAGACCCGCCUGAAGAUCCCUGAAAGAAGGUGUCGUCCACAGGGAGGAGAUUCUUACCAGCAGAUGAAGAACAAACUCAACCACCAGACCUCUAUCGCACACAUCAACCUUAACUUCAAUGAGACCCAAGUGGACUCGGGCCCUGUGGGGCCAAGAGGGGGUGGUUACCACCCUCCAGGGGGGCCCAUUAGCCCCAUUAGCCCCAUUAGCCCCCCCGCAGCCUUCCGGGACCAUCUAGGAAGUAGAUCCCCGCCCGCCACCGGUCCCACCGGGCCCACCAGUCCCACCGGGCCCACCAGUCCCACCGGUCCCAGGAUGUGCGUGGACCCCGAGCUCCUCAUCAACAAGCCCGCCUCCGAGCUCCCGGAGGGCGUGGACCCGUCCCACAGAGAGGACCACCUGUCGGACGCAGACUUCCAGCGGCUGCUCGGAAGCGAGCGACUGGACUUCCGGCGUCUGGCCGCGUGGCGCCAGAAGGAACUGAAGAAGAAGGCGGGACUUUUCUGAGGACUUUGCUGUGAUUCCUCCUCACCAUAAUUAUUUAUUGUGUGAUCGCUCCACACAUGCUUUUCUUUCUUCUUCUUCUCCAGAUUUUGCCGCGCUCUACCUUCCAGAUUUUUCACCCCGAUUCAAACCCUUCCAACUUCAAACUGUUCAGCCUAUCCGGGAAAAUUUCCCAAAUUUCCCAGAAUUUAAGGUUUUUCCUGGACAUUUUUCCCCAUUCAAAAUGAAUCGGCCAUUUUUCAAACUUCCACCAUUUCCACAUUUUUCAACCAGUUCAUACCAUACCACCUUCAACAUAUUCCACUCAUCCUGGAAAUUCCAACUAUUGUUUUUCCAAGUUCAAAAAAAUUCCAGGAUUUUCCAGAAUUCCUGGUUUUCCCAAGCCCUAUUUCCACCCUUUUUUCUGGCGACUACUCCGUCCACAUUUUUCAACCCACUUGAAUCGUUCCACCGUCAAAACGUUCCUCUUAAUCAGGACAAAAAACUAAUUUUUUUUUUGAACUGGAAAAAUUCCAGGUUUUCCCCAAAAUUCCAGGAAUUCCGUAAUACCAUUUCUCAAUUCAACAUAUUACUACUUCAACAUUUCUCGACCGAUUUGAAAAAUUCCAACAGCAACCAUUUCAACUUAUUCAGACCAUUCAAGUUUUAAAAAAAAUCAUUUUCAAAAAAAUUCCCCCUUUUCCCGAAAUUCCCAAUUUUUGGGAAAUUCCCAUUGAAAUCAAUGGGACAUUCUUCAAAGUUCCACAACUCCCACAUUUUUCAUCUGAUUAAAACUGUUCAGCCUAUUCAGGAAUCGCAGGCUUUCCCUUGACAAAUUCCAAAAAUUCCCAGAUUUCCCCGAAUUCCAGGUUUUCCGGGACAUUUUUUUCUCGUUUAAAAUGAAUUGGCCAUUUUUCAUAUUCCAUAUUCCACUCAUCCUGGAAAUUUAAACUACCCUUUUUCCAUGUUCAAAAAAAUUCCAGGAUUUUCCAGAAUUCCUGGUUUUCCAAAGCCCUAUUUCCACCCUUUUUUCUGGCGACUACUCCUUCCACAUUUUUCAACCCACUUGAAUCGUUACACCGUCAAAACAUUCCUCUUAAUCAGGACAAAAAACGAAUUUGUUUUUUGAACUGGAAAAAUUCCCGGUUUUCCCCAAAAUUCCAGGAAUUCCGUAAUACCAUUUCUCAAUUCAACAUAUUACUACUUCAACAUUUCUCGACCGAUUUGAAAAAUUCCAACAGCAACCAUUUCAACUUAUUCAGACCAUUCAAGGUUUUUUAAAAAUCAUUUUCAAAAAAAUUCCCCCUUUUCCCGAAAUUCCCAAUUUUUGGGAAAUUCCCAUUGAAAUCAAUGGGACAUUCUUCAAAGUUCCACAACUCCCACAUUUUUCAUCUGAUUAAAACUGUUCAGCCUAUUCAGGAAUCGCAGGCUUUCCCUUGACAAAUUCCAAAAAUUCCCAGAUUUCCCUGAAUUCCAGGUUUUCCGGGACAUUUUUUUCUCGUUUAAAAUGAAUUGGCCAUUUUUCAUAUUCCAUAUUCCACUCAUCCUGGAAAUUUAAACUACCCUUUUUCCAUGUUCAAAAAAAUUCCAGGAUUUUCCAGAAUUCCUGGUUUUCCAAAGCCCUAUUUCCACCCUUUUUUCUGGCGACUACUGCUUCCACAUUUUUCAAGCCACUUGAAUCGUUCCACCGUCAAAACGUUCCUCUUAAUCAGGACAAAAAACAAAUUUGGAAAAAUUCCCGGUUUUCCCCCAAAUUCCAGGAAUUCCGUAAUACCACUUCUCAAUUCAACAUAUUACUACUUCAACAUUUCUCGACCGAUUUGAAAAAUUCCAACAGCAACCAUUUCAACUUAUUCAGACCAUUCAAGUUUAAAAAAAAAAUCAUUUUCAAAAAAAUUCCCCCUUUUCCCGAAAUUCCCAAUUUUUGGGAAAUUCCCAUUGAAAUCAAUGGGACAUUCUUCAAAGUUCCACAACUUCCACAUUUUUCAUCUGAUUAAAACUGUUCAGCCUAUUCAGGAAUCGCAGGCUUUCCCUUGACAAAUUCCAAAAAUUCCCAGAUUUCCCUAAAUUCCAGGUUUUCCGGGACAUUUUUUUCUCGUUUAAAAUGAAUUGGCCAUUUUUCAUAUUCCAUAUUCCACUCAUCCUGGAAAUUUAAACGACCCUUUUUCCAUGUUCAAAAAAAUUCCAGGAUUUUCCAGAAUUCUUGGUUUUCCCAAUCCCUAUUUCCACCCUUUUUUCUGGCGACUACUCCUUCCGCAUUUUUCAACCCACUUCAACCGUUACACCGUCAAAACAUUCCUCUUAAUCAGGACAAAAAAUAAAUUUGUUUUUUGAACUGGAAAAAUUCCCGGUUUUCCAGGAAUUCCUUAAUACAGUUUCUCACUUAAAAUGUUUACUACUUCAACAUUUCUCGACCGAUUUGAAAAAUUCCAACACCAACCAUUUCAAGUCAUUCAUAACGUUCAAGUGUUUUAACAUUUUUCCAAAAAUUUCAGAUUUUCCCGAACUUCCCAAAUUUCCAUGAAAUUUCCAUUGAAAAGAAUGGGACAUUUUUCAAAGUUCCACAACUCCCACAUUUUUUUAUCCAAUUCAAACCGUUCCUACUCCAAAAUUUUCAGACUGUUCAAAAUUGUGUGCUCUCCUUCAACAAUUUAAAAAAAUUACCGGAUUUCCAAGAAUUUCCAGUUUUCAGGGUCAUUUUCCCCAUUCAAAAUGAAUCGGCCAUUUUUCAAACUUCCACCAUUUCCACAUUUUUCAACCAGUUCAUACCAUACCACCUUCAACAUAUUCCACUCAUCCUGGAAAUUCCAACUAUUGUUUUUCCAAGUUCAAAAAAAUUCCAGGAUUUUCCAGAAUUCCUGGUUUUCCCAAGCCCUAUUUCCACCCUUUUUUCUGGCGACUACUCCUUCCACUUGAAUCGUUCCACCGUCAAAACGUUCCUCUUAAUCAGGACAAAAAACAAAUUUGGAAAAAUUCCCGGUUUUCCCCAAAAUUCCAGGAAUUCCGUAAUACCAUUCCUCAUUUCAACAUAUUACUACUUCAACAUUUCUCGACCGAUUUGAAAAAUUCCAACAGCAACCAUUUCAACUUAUUCAGACCAUUCAAGUUUAAAAAAGAAAUUCAUUUUAAAAAAAAUUCCCCCUUUUCCCGAAAUUCCCAUUGAAAUCAAUGGGACAUUCUUCAAAGUUCCACAACUCCCACAUUUUUCAUCUGAUUAAAACUGUUCAGCCUAUUCAGGAAUCGCAGGCUUUCCCUUGACAAAUUCCAAAAAUUCCCAGAUUUCCCCGAAUUCCAGGUUUUCCGGGACAUUUUUUUCUCGUUUAAAAUGAAUUGGCCAUUUUUCAUAUUCCAUAUUCCACUCAUCCUGGAAAUUUAAACUACCCUUUUUCCAUGUUCAAAAAAAUUCCAGGAUUUUCCAGAAUUCCUGGUUUUCCAAAGCCCUAUUUCCACCCUUUUUUCUGGCGACUACUGCUUCCACAUUUUUCAAGCCACUUGAAUCGUUCCACCGUCAAAACGUUCCUCUUAAUCAGGACAAAAAACAAAUUUGGAAAAAUUCCCGGUUUUCCCCCAAAUUCCAGGAAUUCCGUAAUACCAUUUCUCAAUUCAACAUAUUACUACUUCAACAUUUCUCGACCGAUUUGAAAAAUUCCAACAGCAACCAUUUCAACUUAUUCAGACCAAUCAAGUUUAAAAAAAAAAUCAUUUUCAAAAAAAUUCCCCCUUUUCCCGAAAUUCCCAAUUUUUGGGAAAUUCCCAUUGAAAUCAAUGGGACAUUCUUCAAAGUUCCACAACUCCCACAUUUUUCAUCUGAUUAAAACUGUUCAGCCUAUUCAGGAAUCGCAGGCUUUCCCUUGACAAAUUCCAAAAAUUCCCAGAUUUCCCCGAAUUCCAGGUUUUCCGGGACAUUUUUUUCUCGUUUAAAAUGAAUUGGCCAUUUUUCAUAUUCCAUAUUCCACUCAUCCUGGAAAUUUAAACUACCCUUUUUCCAUGUUCAAAAAAAUUCCAGGAUUUUCCAGAAUUCCUGGUUUUCCAAAGCCCUAUUUCCACCCUUUUUUCUGGCGACUACUCCUUCCACAUUUUCCAACCCACUUCAACCGUUCCACCGUCAAAACAUUCCUCUUAAUCAGGACAAAAAACGAAUUUGUUUUAUGAACUGGAAAAAUUCCCAGUUUUCCAGGAAUUCCUUAAUACAGUUUCUCACUUAAAAUGUUUACUACUUCAACAUUUCUCGACCGAUUUGAAAAAUUCCAACACCAACCAUUUCAAGUCAUUCAGAACGUUCAAGUGUUUUAACAUUUUUCAAAAAAUUUCAGAUUUUCCCGAACUUUCCAAAUUUCCAUGAAAUUUCCAUUGAAAAGAAUGGGACAUUUUUCAAAGUUCCACAACUCCCACAUUUUUUUAUCCAAUUCAAACCGUUCCUACUCCAAAAUGUUCAGACUGUUCAAAAUUGUGUGCUCUCCUUCAACAAUUUAAAAAAAUUACCGGAUUUCCAAGAAUUUCCAGUUUUCAGGGUCAUUUUCCCCAUUCAAAAUGAAUCGGCCAUUUUUCAAACUUCCACCAUUUCCACAUUUUUCAACCAGUUCAUACCAUACCACCUUCAACAUAUUCCACUCAUCCUGGAAAUUCCAACUAUUGUUUUUCCAAGUUCAAAAAAAUUCCAGGAUUUUCCAGAAUUCCUGGUUUUCCCAAGCCCUAUUUCCACCCUUUUUUCUGGCGACUACUCCUUCCACUUGAAUCGUUCCACCGUCAAAACGUUCCUCUUAAUCAGGACAAAAAACAAAUUUGGAAAAAUUCCCGGUUUUCCCCAAAAUUCCAGGAAUUCCGUAAUACCAUUUCUCAAUUCAACAUAUUACUACUUCAACAUUUCUCGACCGAUUUGAAAAAUUCCAACAGCAACCAUUUCAACUUAUUCAGACCAUUCAAGUUUAAAAAAAAAAUCAUUUUCAAAAAAAUUCUCCCUUUUCCCGAAAUUCCCAUUGAAAUCAAUGGGACAUUCUUCAAAGUUCCACAACUUCCACAUUUUUCAUCUGAUUAAAACUGUUCAGCCUAUUCAGGAAUCGCAGGCUUUCCCUUGACAAAUUCCAAAAAUGUCCCUGAAUUCCAGGUUUUCCGGGACAUUUUUUUCCUCGUUUAAAAUGAAUUGGCCAUUUUUCAUAUUCCAUAUUCCACUCAUCCUGGAAAUUUAAACGACCCUUUUUCCAUGUUCAAAAAAAUUCCAGGAUUUUCCAGAAUUCUUGGUUUUCCCAAUCCCUAUUUCCACCCUUUUUUCUGGCGACUACUCCUUCCGCAUUUUUCAACCCACUUCAACCGUUACACCGUCAAAACAUUCCUCUUAAUCAGGACAAAAAACAAAUUUGUUUUUUGAACUGAAAAAUUCCCGGUUUUCCAGGAAUUCCUUAAUACAGUUUCUCACUUAAAAUGUUUACUACUUCAACAUUUCUCGACCGAUUUGAAAAAUUCCAACACCAACCAUUUCAAGUCAUUCAGAACGUUCAAGUGUUUUAACAUUUUUCAAAAAAUUUCAGAUUUUCCCGAACUUCCCAAAUUUCCAUGAAAUUUCCAUUGAAAAGAAUGGGACAUUUUUCAAAGUUCCACAACUCCCACAUUUUUUUAUCCAAUUCAAACCGUUCCUGCUCCAAAAUGUUCAGACUGUUCAAAAUUGUGUGCUCUCCUUCAACAAUUUAAAAAAAUUACCGGAUUUCCAAGAAUUUCCAGUUUUCAGGGUCAUUUUCCCCAUUCAAAAUGAAUUGGCCAUUUUUCAAACUUCCACCAUUUCCACAUUUUUCAACCAGUUCAUACCAUACCACCUUCAACAUAUUCCACUCAUCCUGGAAAUUCCAACUAUUGUUUUUCCAAGUUCAAAAAAUUUCCAGGAUUUUCCAGAAUUCCUGGUUUUCCCAAGCCCUAUUUCCACCCUUUUUUCUGGCGACUACUCCUUCCACUUGAAUCGUUCCACCGUCAAAACGUUCCUCUUAAUCAGGACAAAAAACAAAUUUGGAAAAAUUCCCGGUUUUCCCCAAAAUUCCAGGAAUUCCGUAAUACCAUUUCUCAAUUCAACAUAUUACUACUUCAACAUUUCUCGACCGAUUUGAAAAAUUCCAACAGCAACCAUUUCAAGUCAUUCAGAACGUUCAAGUGUUUUAACAUUUUCCAAAAAAUUCCAGAUUUUCCCGAACUUCCCAAAUUUCCAUGAAAUUCCCAUUGAAAAGAAUGGGACAUUUUUCAAAGUUCCACAACUCCCACAUUUUUUUAUCCAAUUCAAACCGUUCCAACUCCAAAAUGUUCAGCCUGUUCAAAAUUGUGUGCUCUCCUUCAACAAUUUUAAAAAAAUUCCCGGAUUUCCAAGAAUUUCCAGUUUUCAGGGUCAUUUUCCCCAUUCAAAAUGAAUCGGCCAUUUUUCAAACUUCCACCAUUUCCACAUUUUUCAACCAGUUCAUACCAUACCACCUUCAACAUAUUCCACUCAUCCUGGAAAUUCCAACUAUUGUUUUUCCAAGUUCAAAAAAAUUCCAGGAUUUUCCAGAAUUCCUGGUUUUCCCAAGCCCUAUUUCCACCCUUUUUUCUGGCGACUACGCCUUCCACUUGAAUCGUUCCACCGUCAAAACGUUCCUCUUAAUCAGGACAAAAAACACAUUUGGAAAAAUUCCCGGUUUUCCCCAAAAUUCCAGGAAUUCCGUAAUACCAUUUCUCAAUUCAACAUAUUACUACUUCAACAUUUCUCGACCGAUUUGAAAAAUUCCAACAGCAACCAUUUCAACUUAUUCAGACCAUUCAAGUUUAAAAAAAAAAUCAUUUUCAAAAAAAUUCCCCCUUUUCCCGAAAUUCCCAAUUUUUGGGAAAUUCCCAUUGAAAUCAAUGGGACAUUCUUCAAAGUUCCACAACUCCCACAUUUUUCAUCUGAUUAAAACUGUUCAGCCUAUUCAGGAAUCGCAGGCUUUCCCUUGACAAAUUCCAAAAAUUCCCAGAUUUCCCCGAAUUCCAGGUUUUCCGGGACAUUUUUUUCUCGUUUAAAAUGAAUUGGCCAUUUUUCAUAUUCCAUAUUCCACUCAUCCUGGAAAUUUAAACUACCCUUUUUCCAUGUUCAAAAAAAUUCCAGGAUUUUCCAGAAUUCCUGGUUUUCCAAAGCCCUAUUUCCACCCUUUUUUCUGGCGACUACUCCUUCCACAUUUUCCAACCCACUUCAACCGUUCCACCGUCAAAACAUUCCUCUUAAUCAGGACAAAAAACGAAUUUGUUUUAUGAACUGGAAAAAUUCCCAGUUUUCCAGGAAUUCCUUAAUACAGUUUCUCACUUAAAAUGUUUACUACUUCAACAUUUCUCGACCGAUUUGAAAAAUUCCAACACCAACCAUUUCAAGUCAUUCAGAACGUUCAAGUGUUUUAACAUUUUUCAAAAAAUUUCAGAUUUUCCCGAACUUUCCAAAUUUCCAUGAAAUUUCCAUUGAAAAGAAUGGGACAUUUUUCAAAGUUCCACAACUCCCACAUUUUUUUAUCCAAUUCAAACCGUUCCUACUCCAAAAUGUUCAGACUGUUCAAAAUUGUGUGCUCUCCUUCAACAAUUUAAAAAAAUUACCGGAUUUCCAAGAAUUUCCAGUUUUCAGGGUCAUUUUCCCCAUUCAAAAUGAAUCGGCCAUUUUUCAAACUUCCACCAUUUCCACAUUUUUCAACCAGUUCAUACCAUACCACCUUCAACAUAUUCCACUCAUCCUGGAAAUUCCAACUAUUGUUUUUCCAAGUUCAAAAAAAUUCCAGGAUUUUCCAGAAUUCCUGGUUUUCCCAAGCCCUAUUUCCACCCUUUUUUCUGGCGACUACUCCUUCCACUUGAAUCGUUCCACCGUCAAAACGUUCCUCUUAAUCAGGACAAAAAACAAAUUUGGAAAAAUUCCCGGUUUUCCCCAAAAUUCCAGGAAUUCCGUAAUACCAUUUCUCAAUUCAACAUAUUACUACUUCAACAUUUCUCGACCGAUUUGAAAAAUUCCAACAGCAACCAUUUCAACUUAUUCAGACCAUUCAAGUUUAAAAAAAAAAUCAUUUUCAAAAAAAUUCUCCCUUUUCCCGAAAUUCCCAUUGAAAUCAAUGGGACAUUCUUCAAAGUUCCACAACUUCCACAUUUUUCAUCUGAUUAAAACUGUUCAGCCUAUUCAGGAAUCGCAGGCUUUCCCUUGACAAAUUCCAAAAAUGUCCCUGAAUUCCAGGUUUUCCGGGACAUUUUUUUCCUCGUUUAAAAUGAAUUGGCCAUUUUUCAUAUUCCAUAUUCCACUCAUCCUGGAAAUUUAAACGACCCUUUUUCCAUGUUCAAAAAAAUUCCAGGAUUUUCCAGAAUUCUUGGUUUUCCCAAUCCCUAUUUCCACCCUUUUUUCUGGCGACUACUCCUUCCGCAUUUUUCAACCCACUUCAACCGUUACACCGUCAAAACAUUCCUCUUAAUCAGGACAAAAAACAAAUUUGUUUUUUGAACUGAAAAAUUCCCGGUUUUCCAGGAAUUCCUUAAUACAGUUUCUCACUUAAAAUGUUUACUACUUCAACAUUUCUCGACCGAUUUGAAAAAUUCCAACACCAACCAUUUCAAGUCAUUCAGAACGUUCAAGUGUUUUAACAUUUUUCAAAAAAUUUCAGAUUUUCCCGAACUUCCCAAAUUUCCAUGAAAUUUCCAUUGAAAAGAAUGGGACAUUUUUCAAAGUUCCACAACUCCCACAUUUUUUUAUCCAAUUCAAACCGUUCCUGCUCCAAAAUGUUCAGACUGUUCAAAAUUGUGUGCUCUCCUUCAACAAUUUAAAAAAAUUACCGGAUUUCCAAGAAUUUCCAGUUUUCAGGGUCAUUUUCCCCAUUCAAAAUGAAUUGGCCAUUUUUCAAACUUCCACCAUUUCCACAUUUUUCAACCAGUUCAUACCAUACCACCUUCAACAUAUUCCACUCAUCCUGGAAAUUCCAACUAUUGUUUUUCCAAGUUCAAAAAAUUUCCAGGAUUUUCCAGAAUUCCUGGUUUUCCCAAGCCCUAUUUCCACCCUUUUUUCUGGCGACUACUCCUUCCACUUGAAUCGUUCCACCGUCAAAACGUUCCUCUUAAUCAGGACAAAAAACAAAUUUGGAAAAAUUCCCGGUUUUCCCCAAAAUUCCAGGAAUUCCGUAAUACCAUUUCUCAAUUCAACAUAUUACUACUUCAACAUUUCUCGACCGAUUUGAAAAAUUCCAACAGCAACCAUUUCAACUUAUUCAGACCAUUCAAGUUUAAAAAAAAAAAACAUUUUCAAAAAAAUUCCCCCUUUUCCCGAAAUUCCCAAUUUUUGGGAAAUUCCCAUUGAAAUCAAUGGGAGAUUCUUCAAAGUUCCACAACUCCCACAUUUUUCAUCUGAUUAAAACUGUUCAGCCUAUUCAGGAAUCGCAGGCUUUCCCUUGACAAAUUCCAAAAAUUCCCAGAUUUCCCUGAAUUCCAGGUUUUCCGGGACAUUUUUUUCUCGUUUAAAAUGAAUUGGCCAUUUUUCAUAUUCCAUAUUCCACUCAUCCUGGAAAUUUAAACGACCCUUUUUCCAUGUUCAAAAAAAUUCCAGGAUUUUCCAGAAUUCUUGGUUUUCCCAAUCCCUAUUUCCACCCUUUUUUCUGGCGACUACUCCUUCCGCAUUUUUCAACCCACUUCAACCGUUACACCGUAAAAACAUUCAUCUUAAUCAGGACAAAAAACGAAUUUGUUUUUUGAACUGGAAAAAUUCCCGGUUUUCCAGGAAUUCCUUAAUACAGUUUCUCACUUAAAAAUGUUACUACUUCAACAUUUCUCGACUAAUUUGAAAAAUUCCAACACCAACCAUUUCAAGUCAUUCAGAACGUUCAAGUGUUUUAACAUUUUCCAAAAAAUUCCAGAUUUUCCCGAACUUCCCAAAUUUCCAUGAAAUUCCCAUUGAAAAGAAUGGGACAUUUUUCAAAGUUCCACAACUCCCACAUUUUUUUAUCCAAUUCAAACCGUUCCAACUCCAAAAUGUUCAGCCUGUUCAAAAUUGUGUGCUCUCCUUCAACAAUUUUAAAAAAAUUCCCGGAUUUCCAAGAAUUUCCAGUUUUCAGGGUCAUUUUCCCCAUUCAAAAUGAAUCGGCCAUUUUUCAAACUUCCACCAUUUCCACAUUUUUCAACCAGUUCAUACCAUACCACCUUCAACAUAUUCCACUCAUCCUGGAAAUUCCAACUAUUGUUUUUCCAAGUUCAAAAAAAUUCCAGGAUUUUCCAGAAUUCCUGGUUUUCCCAAGCCCUAUUUCCACCCUUUUUUCUGGCGACUACGCCUUCCACUUGAAUCGUUCCACCGUCAAAACGUUCCUCUUAAUCAGGACAAAAAACACAUUUGGAAAAAUUCCCGGUUUUCCCCAAAAUUCCAGGAAUUCCGUAAUACCAUUUCUCAAUUCAACAUAUUACUACUUCAACAUUUCUCGACCGAUUUGAAAAAUUCCAACAGCAACCAUUUCAACUUAUUCAGACCAUUCAAGUUUUUGAAAAAAUCAUUUUCAAAAAAAUUCCCCCUUUUCCCGAAAUUCCCAAAUUUUGGGAAAUUCCCAUUGAAAUCAAUGGGACAUUCUUCAAAGUUCCACAACUCCCACAUUUUUCAUCUGAUUAAAACUGUUCAGCCUAUUCAGGAAUCGCAGGCUUUCCCUUGACAAAUUCCAAAAAUUCCCAGAUUUCCCUGAAUUCCAGGUUUUCCGGGACAUUUUUUUCUCGUUUAAAAUGAAUUGGCCAUUUUUCAUAUUCCACUCAUCCUGGAAAUUUAAACUACUCUUUUUCCAUGUUAAAAAAAAAUUCCAGGAUUUUCCAGAAUUCCUGGUUUUCCCAAAGCCCUAUUUCCACCCUUUUUUCUGGCUACUACUCCUUCCACAUUUUUCAACCCACUUCAACCGUCCAAACAUUCCUCUUAAUCAGGACAAAAAAAACAAAGGUUUUUUUUUUAACUGCAAAAAAUUCCCGGUUUUCCCGAAAUUCCUGGAAUUCCUUAAUACCAUUUCUCAAUUAAAAAUGUUACUACUUCAACAUUUCUCGACCGAUUUGAAAAAUUCCAACACCAACCAUUUCUACUCAUUCAGAACGUUCAAGUCUAUAAAACAUUUUCCAAAAAAUUCCCGCUUUUCCCGAAAUUCCCAUUGAAAAGAAUGGGACAUUUUUCAAAAGCUCCACAACUCCCACAUUUUUUUAUCGGAUUCAAACCGUUCCAACUCCAAAAUAUUCAGCCUGUUCAAAAUGGUGUGCUCUCCUUCAACAAUGACAAUUUUUUUCACGGAUUUCCAAGAAUUUCCAGUUUUCAGGGACAUUUUUCCCAUUCAAAAUGAUUUGGACAUUUUUCAAACUUCCACCAUUUCCACAUUUUUCAACCGGUUCAAACCAGUCCACCUUCAACAUAUUCCACUCAUCCUGGAAAUUUAAACUAUUGUUAUUCCAAAUUCAAAAAAGUUCCAGGAUUUUCUAGAAUUCCUGGUUUUCCAAAGCCCUAUUUCCACCCUUUUUUCUGGCGACGACUCCUUCCACAUUUUUCAACCCACUUCAACCGUCCAAACAUUCCUCUUAAUCAGGACAAAAAAAACAAAGUUUUUUUUUAACUGCAAAAAAUUCCCGGUUUUCCCGCAAUUCCUGGAAUUCCUUAAUACCAUUUCUCAAUUAAAAAUGUUACUACUUCAACAUUUCUCGACCGAAUUGAAAAAUUCCAACACCAAACAUUCCCAAAAAUUCCAGCUUUUCCCAAAAUUCCCAUUGAAAAGAAUGGGACAUUUUUCAAAGUUCCACAAUUCCCACAUUUUUUUUUUCCGAUUCAAACCGUUUCAACUCCAAAAUAUUCAGCCUGUUCAAAAUUGUGUGGUCUCUUUCAACCAUUGAAAAAAAUUCCCAGAUUUCCCAGUUUUCAGGGACAUUUUCCCAUUUAAAAUGAAUUGGCCAUUUUUCAAACGUCCACCAUUUCCACAUAUUUCAAGCUAUUCAAACCAUUCCACCUUCAACAUAUUCCAUUGUUCCACCGUCAAAACAUUCCACUUAAUCAGGACGAAAAACAAAGUUGUUUUUUGAACUGGAAAAUUCCCGGGUUUCCCGAAAUUCCUGGAAUUCCUUAGUACCAUUUCUCAAUUAAAAAUGUCACUACUUCAACAUUUCUCGACCGAUUUGAAAAAUUCCAACACCAACCAUUUCGACUCAUUCAGAACGUUCAAGUCUUUUAGACAUUUUCCAAAAUAUUCCCGCUUUUUCCGAAAUUCCCAAAUUUCCAUGAAAUUCCCAUUGAAAAGAAUGGGACAUUUUCCAAAGUUCCACAACUCCCAUAUUUUUAAAAAUCUGAUUCAAACCGUUCCAACUCCAAAAUUUUCCGCCUGUUCAAAAUUGUGUGCUCUCCUUCAACAAUUAAAAAAAAUAAAUUCCCGGAUUUCCAGUUUUCAGGGACAUUUUCCCAUUCAAAAUGAAUUGGCCAUUUUUCAAACGUCCACCAUUUCCACAUUUUUUUUUAUCCGAUUCAAACCCUUCCAACUUAAAAAUAUUCAGCCUGUUCAAAAUGGUGUGGUCUCCUUCAACCAUUUAAAAAAAAUUCCCAGAUUUCCCAGUUUUCAGGGACAUUUUCCCAUUCAAAAUAAGUUGGCCAUUUUUCAAAUGUCCCCCAUUUCCACAUUUUUCAAACUAUUCAAACCAUUCCACCUUCAACAUAUUCCACUCAUCCUGGACAUUCAAACUAUAGUUUUUCCAAGUUCAAAAAAACUCCAGGAAUUCCCACCUUUUCACCAUUCAAUCGUUCCACCGUCAAAACAUUCCUCUUAAUCGAAAAACAAAGUUGUUUUUUGAACUGGUUUUCCCGAAAUCCCUUAUUACCAUAUCUCAAUUAAAAAUUUUACUACUUCAACAUUUCUCGACCGAAUUGAAAAAUUCCAACACCAACCAUUUCUACUCAUUCAGAACGUUCAAGUCUAUAAAACAUUUUCCAAAAAAUUCCCGCUUUUCCCGAAAUUCCCAUUGAAAACAAUGGGACAUUUUUCAAAAGUUCCACAACUCCCACAUUUUUUUAUCGGAUUCAAACCGUUCCAACUCCAAAAUAUUCAGCCUGUUCAAAAUUGUGUGCUCUCCUUCAACAAUGACAUUUUUUUUCACAGAUUUCCAAGAAUUUCCCGUUUUCAGGGACAUUUUUCCAACUUCCACCAUUUCCACAUUUUUCAACCAGUUCAAACCAUUCCACCUUCAACAUAUUCCACUCAUCCUGGAAAUUCAAACUAUUGUUAUUCCAAAUUCAAAAAAGUUCCAGGAUUUUCUAGAAUUCCUGGUUUUCCAAAGACCUAUUCCCACCCUUUUUUCUGGCGACGACUCCUUCCACAUUUUUCAACCCACUUCAACCGUCCAAACAUUCCUCUUAAUCAGGACAAAAAAAACAAAGGUUUUUUUUUAACUGCAAAAAAUUCCCGGUUUUCCCGAAAUUCCUGGAAUUCCUUAAUACCAUUUCUCAAUUAAAAAUGUUACUACGUCAACAUUUCUCGACCGAUUUGAAAAAUUCCAACACCAACCAUUUCAACUUAUUCAGAACGUUCAAGUCUUUUAAACAUUUUCCAAAAAAAUUCCCGCUUUUCCCGAAAUUCCCAUUGAAAAGAAUGGGACAUUCUUCAAAGUUCCACAACUCCCACGUUUUUUUAUCGGAUUCAAACCGUUCCUACUUUAAAAUAUUCAGCCUGUUCAAAUAUGUAUGCCCUCCUUCAACAAUUAAAAAAAAAAAAUUCCCGGAUUUCCAGUUUUCAGGGACAUUUUCCCAUUCAAACUGAAUUAUACGUUUUUCAAACUUCCGCAAUCCCCACAUUUUUCAAACCAUUCCACCUUCAACACAUUCCACUCGUCCAACUAACACUUUCCCAAGUUCCAAACCAAUUUCCGAUUUUCCUGGAAAUUCAAACUAUUCUUACUACAUUCUGUCAGUAUUUCAGUUCAACUUCAGCAUUGGAGCAUUCCCACUCGUCUAGUGACCUAAUAUUUCAUCAAAUAAGCACUCAAAACGCACUUGUUGGCAUGUUUUUAUUUGAGGCGGUCAAAUUGUGCGUCAAAAUAAAGUUAUUACGAAUAAUUAUGAAUGACAGAAUAUUAUGAAAAAAAAAUUGUGUUGUUCUUUGUGUUGUUCUUCCAAUAUUUAAUAUUUGCUUUCAUAGCCAGUUGACGUAAUAACGACAGUUAUUAAAAAGUCAGCAUAAAUUAAAUCAUUUCUUCAUCGUCUUCCUUUCCAGCCCACACAACAACUCCUCGUUUGUUCAUUUUGGUUUCCGUAUUGUUUGCAUAGCAACAGCCAUUGUUUGGUAACACAAGUGACAAACGUGUUCACUUGCACCUUUUUUUCACGACUCGGCGUCCAAGAGCAUGACGUGCACGAAGAGCCCGGACGCGGCGAUGGCGUCACCGUUCUUGUUGAGAAGCGGAACGUGGCGAUAACCUGCGGAAAUGAUCAAUAAUAUUUUCUCAAUGGAGGUGUUGAUGAAACAUGUCUCAAAACGUGUCAUUUAAAAGGAAUUUUUAAGAUCAAUUAUAAUUUUAAAUAAUUAAAAGAGAUUAAUUGUGAUUUCAAAUAAAUUAUUGAGAUACAUUGGAAUUUCAAUUUAUUAUUGAGAUUGACUGUAAUAAAAUUAAUUAUUGAACUUAAUUGUAAUUUGAAUUUAUUAUUGAGAUCAAUUGAAAU